AUGAGUGGCUCCGCAACAGCUUUCACCGCCGCUACGGUGAUCCGAGAACCUCAUCCUCAUCCUCAUCCUCAUCCUCAUCCUCAUCCUCAUCCUCAUCCUAUACACGACGUUACUCUAGAGGUACCAAUGGGACUUACGCAACAAGACAUCAUUCGAAUCACUCUCACGGGACCAGCUCUCGUUCUCACCAUCCUAGGAAUUAUCAUCAGCAUCAAUCUUCUCCAGCCAUCCUUGACCUGUACCAUCAUCGCCUUCGCACCAAUACCAUGGAUCGUGUAUAACGAUUAUCACAACUUCAUAUCCCUGGGACCUGGGGGCACUCCUUCCACUCUAUUUGGAUACCUCCGAAUUACCUAUCUUCGCAUCUUCGCUCUUUCUGAUCCUUACAGCCCACCCAAACUCUCCGAUGACAUAUCUCCUACCAUCGGUUACAUACAACGCGCUCGCCCACACCUUUCUACUCGCAAUGGUCCACGUCCCCGAGUCGCCGGCAUUGCUCCCCAAAGACAAAUAAGUCAAUAUGGUUCUCGAGCCAUGUACAACCUUCUCCGCAUCAGCCUCAACAAUCUCGCCCAUAGACAACCCGACAUUCUCAAGGUAGGAGUCUCCUGUUUCGAGAAAAAAGGACUUGCUCUCUUCUCCCUCGACCCUAUCAACACCACCUGCCAGGGAGAAAUUUGCCACGUGCAUCAUAGCGACAAUAGCUUCCACAUGAACCUACACCCGAGCGACGCCAAGGUAAUUUUGGAAAAAGGGUGGGGCGAAAGACAUCCAAUGGCUGGUGCCUCUACUCCGAGAACCAUCUCCAAUGUCCUCUCGUACCUUCCAAAAUCUCUCUCGACGUGGCUAUCACCAAGAGUUGUGCCCGAACAAUUCUGCUUGAUCUAUGCACCAAGGAACAAGGAUGAGCUACAGGUUGUAUGCCACAUCAUCGAGGCGGCUGCAUUCUGGGUCAGUGGUGAGCUAUUGACACUUCCCAUUGAGAGUGUCUCGUUGGUCGAGGAAUCUGUUACUGCUGCUUAA